AUGAACAAAGGAAACUAUUCGGAUCAUCGUCUUCCAAAGUUCUUCAAAAUUUACUUACCUGGUGAAUCCGAAGAUGAUCUGGAAAUACCCGUUUCUUUCAACGGCUGCUUACCAGAUUCUAAGCCUGGAAACGUAACAGUUAGAAGCAUCUACGGAAACGUUUGGAAACUAGAAUUGAAGAAACGUUGUGGUGAAAUUGAGAAAUUUGUUAUGGUUGAUGGCUGGAAAAGAAUUGUCAAGAAUGAAGAUCUGACUGGUGGGGAGUUCUUGGCGUUCGAGUUCGAUGGCUAUGGGAUCUUCAAUUUCUGUAUUUACGGCAGCGCCACGUGUAAAAGGCUUGGAAAUUCAGUGAAAACCAAAGAGAUGGAGGAAGAUGCAUCUGAUGGUGAGGAUGAUAAAUCAAGUGACGGUAUCACAGUUAUUGAUGAUGAUGAUGAUGACGAUGACGGUGAUGAUGAGGCUCUUGACGUUGAUGAUGAUGUUGAGUGUGAUGAUAAUGAUGAUGAGCUAAGAAAGUAUCUGGAUGAUCGCGAUGACCCGUUCUUUACCGCGAUCAUAAAUCCGAAGAGGCUUAGCCAAUUGCUAAUCCCCACUCGCGUUGUAAAAGACUACGACUUGAGCUUCCCUGAGGUUAUCAGUAUCGUCGACCCACUCACAGCUAAAUUCGGGACAUUGGAGAAGAAAAUCAAGGUUCAAGAUAAUGGAAGUGUGUACAUCCAAGGGUUCGGAAGUGUUUUCAGAAGGAAUAAUGUGAAGACGACUGAUACAAUGAUAUGCGAGUUCAAGAAGAGUGGUAAUGGUCUAGCUCACACAAUGAAGAUCUACGUUGUGAGGGGGAUGAUCUUUCCAUAA